AUGUCUGCACCGCUUGUCGCAUCCACCGGCUCAAUCACAACGCCAACGGGCGUGCUAUUCCCACACUGAGAGCGAAUCCCCAAUCGCUCAGGAACCGAGUUCGAACGCAUCCCACGCGACCGCACCCGGGACAAGUGGAAUAACGGGCGAAUAGAGCAAACUCACGUUGAGGACGAGCGCAUGCUCUCUACGUCGCCAGGCGCCUCGCCCCCCUAUCCGUACUCCUGCUCAGCCACAUAUUCUGGCCAGAUUAGAAGUGCCUUAUCACUCGUUCGCGGAAUUCGUCUGUACUGGCGAUAUCUCACUUCCGCUCUGGUGACGAGGGCGGAAUCUCUCCAGCUGUAG